AAUUUUUUGUUCACUUAUUCUCUUGCAACUAAUUGGAAUUUUUGUGGCAAACGAGGUGAGAAAAAGGCUUUUAAAAACUUAAACGUAAAGGAUGUGAUUAUUGGUGCUGUAAGAAAAAGCUCCCCUCUAGUCAGUCAGAAAGAAAUAGAAGAUACCAUCAAGGUGUGGUUGAAACAUGCACCAGAGAAAUUGAAAAAGCAGCAGCAUGGCAACCCGUAAGAAAAAAAGUGUUGUUAGUCAAAGACAACUCUACAGAAGGGUGGCAGAAGCAAAUUUAGCACCUGUGAGUCAGAAUUGUUAUAAUACAUCUUUAAUAGUUAAUAAUGAUUCCAAUGAAUCAUCAAAUUCCGUUUUUUUUGCUGAUUCAAUGUGUGAAAGUGAAAAUGACACCUGUUCCUCAAGAGAUUUAGAUUUUAAUGUAAACUCGCCUAAUGAAAAUUUGCUCUUCAAUGAUGCGACGUUAUACAACCAUUUGACUUCCUAUUCCAGUAACGUGCCCCCUAACGAUUUAUUUUCUAAUGAACCGCCGCCUAGCGAUUUGCAUUCGAAAUUGUCAAACUGGGCAGCUUCAAGGUACGUUCGACGUACAGUAGUUACUCAUCUCUUGCAUAUCUUGCAUCCAUACCAUAAUGAGUUACCGUUAGACAGUCGAACGCUGCUGAAAACGCCCAGAGAAACGAAAACAAAAUCGUUGUUAAAUGGCGAAUAUUGUCAUUUUGGACUUGUUAACGCUUUAAAAUUAAAGUUAUUGUCAGUGCCUAAUAUUUCUCAGUACAGCAUUAUCAACAUUUCAUUUAAUGUAGAUGGACUGCCCAUUUAUAGAAAUGGUCAGAAACAUGAUCUCUGGCCCAUUUUAGCACUUGUAAAAAAUUUUAAGAGUGAGCCGUUUAUUGUUGGUUCUUUUUUAGGAAGUGGCAAACCAAAUUUAUUGUCAGUGUUUUUAGAAGAUUUUUUAAUUGAGUUAUCGAACUUACUUACCACGGGCAUUGAAAUUAAUAAUAAUAUCCAUGAAGUAAAAGUUCACAGCUUUGUUUGCGAUGCUCCUGCGCGCGCAUAUCUGAAAUGUGUGAAGACCCAUUCAGGGUAUAGUUCCUGUGAAAGGUGCGACAACUCUGGAGAACACCUGGGACGUGUCAUUUUCAAAAAUUUACCUUUUAACAAGAGAGACAACGAAUCUUUUCGGACUAAAAUUGAUGUAUCUCAUCAUCAUGGAGAAUCUCCUCUAAUAGCUCUUCCUAUAGAUUUGAUCUAUGUCUUUUCUUUAGAUUAUAUGCACCUAAAAUACCACAGUUCAUUUGAAUCACAGACCACACCAGACACGCAACUCAAUAAUCUGGAAGUGGCAGACGAGAGAAACAGUUGUUGUUCUUCUCUCUCAUCGCGAUAUAAAACGUACCUAGGUGGCGCUCUUGGCCGACGAAUAGCGGGAUUUUUAAUUUUGAAUUAA